ACCGUGAUUUCAGUAACCCAGCCUCACUGAGCAGACUUUGCUCUUGCAAACCUGUCCGCCAGGAGAGACACUUGCACUCCGAUGUAGUCUACAUACUUUAAGAAGCCAACCUGGAGGAUUACCACCACAGACUACAAUGACAUCUGGGCACCUGAUGAAUCCUCAAUGCUAAAGCACAUUUUCCUGACGGCACUUUCCCUUCUUUCAAUAAGGGUUACAGCCGUCACUCACGGAGCUGCUGUCGCUCCACCCCAGGAUGUCAAGUUCAAGUCUAUAAAUCUGCGGAACAUAGUGGAGUGGAGUCCUGGACCAGGGACACCGAAGGGGACAUGGUACGCUGUGGAGUAUGCAAUAUACGGUGAAGAGGACAAGGCAGCACCCGGCCAGGAGGUAUGGAAAGGGGUCAAGGCAUGCAAGAAGCUAAGGAAGACCUGGUGUGACCUCUCUACUGAGACCAGUGACCUGGAGGAAAAGUACUAUGCCAGGGUCAGGGCUGUGGGCAAGAACGGAUCCUCAGAGUGGAACCACACAGACCGAUUCGACCCCUUCUUAGACACAACCUUUGGACCACCGGUCGUUAACAUUGUGGUGAAGGAGCGUCAAAUGUUCAUCAACCUCACGGGUCCAAUGAGAUGGAGUAACAAAGAAAGCAAUGAACCUAUGGCAGAGUACUAUCCGGGGAGCCUGAUGCUGUACAACCUGUCCGUCCACAACAAAAGGACUGGGCAAACGGAGAUCCACCUUCUUGACGGCACCUCGAAGGAGCUUUUAUUGCAAGACUUCAACACUCUGUACUGCGUCUCUGCAAGCGUCUAUUUCUCAUCGCUUCCCAUAAUAACCCAGGUGUCUUUGAAGCAGUGUGUGACUACGGGAAAAGGUAAGCAGCUGGUCCCGCACCUCCCGGAGUUCCAGCACUUUUAUUCCGACAUGCUCCUGAAGGUGAACUUCAUCUACGUCGACAACGCCAUGGCCGAGUUGGACCCUGAAGACCAGGGAAGAGCCAAAGGCCCUCAAAAAGCCUCCCUCCAUCCUGCCCACCAAUCAGAGAUGGAGAUGCUUCUUGCCCACCAAUCAGAGAUGCAGAUGCUCCCAGCGGCACCGUGCUCGGCAUACGCCGCCCAGCAAGGAGCCCAUGAGGGGGUCGUGAAGGCGGAGCCAAGGACUGUGGUUCAGCAGGAGGUUCACGGUGUAGAGGUGACUCAGAGCGAGGGCUCCGACUACGGCUUCGUGCUCAAGGCCCAACCGGUGGAAGAGGUGGCCAAGGUUACCCAGGCAUGCCUGCCGUUUGCUGGCGAGGGCCAAGUUCCCGGUGACAGGGUGGGCGGAGCCUCUGCUGCAUACAAACAGCAGUGGCAGGCUGCCUGUCCGGGCCUCCAGGAGGAACACGAGACAGAAGAAGGCACCAUAGUGAACUGGGACCCGCAGACCGGCACGAUUCAGCUCCCUCUGCUCUCUGACUUUGAGCCAGAACUCGAGCCUGUGGAGGAAGUGAGCCUGCGCUGUGACGACGCCCAUUCCUUUGAUGUCUUCUCUAAAGUUUACAUCAGGCGCUCGCUAGAUGGGUCCACUGAGUUCGAAGAUGAUCUGACCAAAAUGGAGAACAUCUGGGCUCUCCAGGUCAACAUGUGA